UUUCUCUCUACGUUCUGCCUGACGUGCGCAGAGAUGAUACACGAGGCAAAUGAAAGAGGAUUUGCACUUCUUCCUUUGACACCUGCAAGUUUCUGCCAGACUCCAAGGAAAUUUGUUUCUCUUGUGGAUUUUGUAUUUUAACCAGUCUCUUGCUGAACCCGCCUCUUGUGGAUUAUGACUGCAGACUCUGUUUGAACACUUUGAAUUCAACUCCAGCUGAAAGCUCCACAGGCUGAUUCAAGAUAGGUCUUGAGUGAUAAGCAGUUGUUCGAAUGACCGCAGACUCUGAGCUAUGGUGACGACAGAGUGAAUGAUCUCUGCUGCAGAUGUUCACCUGUCUGCUGCUGGAGCUGGAUAUGGCAUCUCACUGCGUCACAUAGAAGUGGAUCACAGAGUCCAUGCUCCUGGCGAGGUCCCGUUGUAACCAUGGUGUCCCGGGUGAAGCAGCCCCUGGGGCUUAGCCUGUCCUCUUUGUUUUCAUGCUGCUACAAAGGAAGUGACCAACCAGAGAUCAUCUACCGCCAUGAUGACAUUAACUCAUUGGCUGCACUGGAGCCCACCCAGCCCAUGCCCCCCCUUCAGGAGCUGGACUUCAUGUUCACUGAGCUGGUGGAUGAGCUGGACCUCACAGAGGAGCACAGAGCCGCCAUGUUUGCUUUGCCGGCAGAGAAGAAGUGGCAGAUCUACUGUAGUAAGAAAAUGGAGGCAGAGGAGACUAAAGGAGCGACCAGUUGGCCAGAGUAUUACAUUGACCAGCUCAGGUCCAUGGCUGCUAGGAAGACUCUGCUGGCACUGGAAGAUGAUGAAGAGCAGGGAAGACAUAAGAUCAUAGAUGAUCUAAAGACAGCACUGAGGACACAGCCAAUGAGGUUUGUGACGCGGUUCAUUGAGUUGGAUGGCCUGUCUUGUGUUCUGAAUUUCCUCAAGUCAAUGGACUAUGAGACCACCGAGUCUCAGAUCCACACCUCACUGAUUGGCUGCAUUAAAGCUCUGAUGAACAACUCCCAGGGCAGAGCUCAUGUCCUGGGUCACUGUGAGAGCAUCAACAUCAUCGCACAAAGCCUCACCACCGAAAACAUCAAAACCAAGGUUGCAGUGUUAGAGAUCCUGGGUGCAGUGUGUCUGGUGCCAGGAGGCCACAGGAAAGUCCUAGAGGCCAUGCUACACUUCCAGAACUUUGCCUCGGAGAGGACACGCUUCCAGACCCUGCUGUCAGACUUGGACAGAUCCACGGGCCGCUACAGAGAUGAAGUGAACCUGAAGACGGCCAUCAUGUCCUUCAUCAAUGCUGUGCUCAGUAAGGGAGCAGGAGAGACCAGUCUGGAGUUCCGUGUCCAUUUGCGCUAUGAGUUUCUGAUGUUGGGCAUUCAGCCGGUCAUUGACAAACUACACUCCCAUGACAAUACCACCCUGGACAGACAUCUGGACUUCUUUGAGAUGCUGAGGAAUGAAGAUGAGCUUGUGAUGUCCAAACGCUUCGAUGUGGUCCAUAUAGAAACUAAAAGUGCCAGCCAGAUGUUUGAGCUGAUCAAGAAGAAACUGAACCACACUGAGGCCUACCCUCACCUCCUGUCCACACUGCAGCACUGCCUCAUGAUGCCAUAUAAGCAGAGCGGUGCCACGCUGCAGUACUGGGUGCUGUUGGACCGGAUAGUUCAGCAGCUGGUUCUGCAGACGGACAAAGGUGAAAACCCUGACGUCGCACCGCUGGAGGAUUUCAACGUUAAAAACAUUGUACGCAUGCUCGUCAAGGAGGACGAGGUCAAACAGUGGAAAGAACAAGCUGAUAAGAUGAGAAAAGAGCAUCACAACCUACAGCAGCGGUUUGAGAAGAAAGAGAGGGAGUGUGAGGCCAAGAACAAGGAGAAGGAAGACAUGGUGGCGACGCUGAGCAAGAUGAAGGAAAAACUGGAGCGAGAGAGCAACGACCACAAGCGAGCCAAACUCCAAGUGGCAGAGCUGUCUGCUCGGCUGCAGCAGCUCAGCGCUACCUCCAGCGUUCCAGGAGGACCUCCUGUAAAUUCUGGUGGUUUAGUUCCUCCUGGUCCUGUCCCAUCCAUCCCUUGUCCUCCUCCUCCUCCCCCUCCACCACCUCCUCCAGGAGGCCCACCAGCUUUUGGCAUGGCUCCGUUUGCCCCACCUCCUCCUCCCGGAGCUCCACUAGGAGCUGCCCGGAAGAAGAAUAUUCCUCAACCAGCUAACCCACUGAAGUCAUUCAACUGGAGCAAACUUCCUGAGAACAAGAUUGAGGGAACCAUAUGGAAAGAGAUCGAUGAUCUUAAGGUGUUUAAAGUUUUGGAUCUGGAGGAGUUCCAGAAGACCUUCUCAGCUUACCAGAAGCCACAAAAGAGUGCUGACGAUGACCAAACUUUUGCCAAAAAAGUGAAGGAGCUGUCAGUAAUCGAUGGUCGCCGAGCACAGAACUGCAACAUUCUGCUCUCAAGGCUAAAGCUGACCAAUGAGGAGAUCAGCUAUGCCAUCAUGACCAUGGAUGAACAAGAAGACUUACCUAAAGACAUGCUGGAACAGCUUCUGAAGUUUGUCCCUGAGAAGAGUGACAUCGAGCUGUUAGAAGAACACAAGCAUGAGCUGGACCGUAUGGCCAAAGCAGAUCGUUUCCUGUUUGACAUGAGCAGCAUCAACCACUAUCACCAGAGACUCCAGUCCCUCUACUUCAAGAAGAAGUUUGCCGAAAGACUGGCUGAGGUCAAACCUCAGAUCAAAGCUCUGAGUCUCGCCUCCAGGGAGGUGCUACAGAGCGGGGGACUGCGGCAGCUCCUCGAGGUGGUUCUGGCCUUUGGGAACUACAUGAACAAAGGACAACGGGGAAAUGCCUACGGAUUUAAAGUGGCCAGUCUCAACAAGAUAGCUGACACCAAGUCAAGCAUGGACAAAAACGUCACUCUGCUCCACUACAUGAUCACUGUGCUGGAAAAGAAGUACCCUAAGGUGGUAGCUCUCAGUGAAGAGCUGCAAAAUGUGCCAGAAGCUAGUAAAGUCAAUAUGACAGAGUUGGAGAAGGACAUCGGCAAUCUGAGAUCUGGCCUAAAGAGUGUUGAGGCGGAGCUGAAGUACCAGCAGGCUUGGUCCUCUCGGGGUCCUGAGGAUAAGUUUGUCUCUGUGGUCAGUCAGUUCAUCACUGUGGCCUCCUUCAGCUUCUCUGAUGUAGAGGAGUCGCUCAGUGAGGCCAAAGAAGUGUUUGGAAAGGCGCUGAGACACUUUGGAGAAGAGCUGUCCAACCUGCAGCCCGAUGGGUUCUUUGGGAUCUUCGACACUUUCCUCACGGCCUUCUCAGAGGCCAAACAGGACAACGAGAACAUGGCCAGACGCAAGGAGGAAGAGGAGAGACGGGCGCUCAUGGAGGCACAGCUGAAGAAAGAAAGGGAGCUGAAGGCGAGGAAAGCACGUGAGGAAGAGGAGGCCGGUGAGUUUGAUGACUUGGUAUCUGCCCUGCGCUCUGGAGAGGUGUUUGACAAGGAUCUGUCCAAAAUGAACCGCAGGAAACAGCGGAAGCAUAACUUGGUGGACAGCAGCCGGGAGAGACCAGUCACAAAGCUGAACCAGUAACAGGCACUGCUGAGAUGCAUGAAUGUCCCAGUGUGGCAGGAUCAGAGUCAGCAUUUACGCUGAAAUCCACAUUCUGAUUCACAGGUUGCUAUUAAUCUUUGAAGCCAUUUGUCAUGACUUCACAACUGUUUUGCUAUUUAGAGAAAAUAAACUGCUUUGUUACCUCAUGACACGCACGGCUUUCAAAAUCACUGGUCUUCCAUCCCCUGAGAAGAGCCACCAUAGCAUGUGACUGUGGACACCCCCUCAACUUUCACUCCACUCUCUGGUUGGUUACCUGGCAACAUCACUGUGAUGACAAGCCUUCAGGAGGCUGCACACAGUGACUGACGACUGCCAAGAAAUAGUUCCAGCACAAAUUGUCAUUCUGACAGAUGAUAUUGACCUCCGUAUUCUCAUCCCACCCUCAGACAGAAGGCAAAAAGUGUAUUUCACAAACAAACUGCAGUUGACGAGACUUCACAAGCUCACGAGUUGCACUACUCUUGUUUUUAUGUAUUAAAAAAACGGCCUGCUUUUAA